CAGCAUACAAAUUUCCGUCACAAUGGUAGCCCAUCCUCUGCAAACGACCCUUUCUCAUCCAUCGCAACCCAUUCUCUUCGCGGCUGUUGGACCUCAUCUUCGCUCCUACGAUCUGAACACUGGAGCUACGCUUGCGAAAUGGUUAGCACCUGCUCCUCCAGCCGACAAGAAGCCCACAAGGGAAGAAAUUCUUGCUGGCGAUGCGAUUCGGACGAUGGUCUUGACCAAGGACGGAAGCAAGUUGGCUAUAAGCGGCGAGGACAAGGUUCUCCGCGUGUUUGACGCGUCUACACUCGAAUUGAUCUCAGAAAGGACCGUCCCUAAAAGAGUCUGCUCAUUGGCUCUUGUCGACAACGACGCAACUAUUCUUACUGGAGACAAGCACGGAGACGUCUCCUCUUACCCUUUCACGCUGGCAUCAGAGGAAAGACAGGGAGCGCCUGCUGAGGAUGGAAAGCCAGCAAUCACCGAGGAGACCGAAUCGCUAGCAGCGGGUUCUGCGGCGAAGAAGCAAGGAAAGGUUCCCAAAGGUUACGACCUUGCUUGGGGACAGAAGACGAAGGACACAGAUGCCAUCCCAGAGAACCUUUUGCUCGGCCAUGUCAGUAUGUUGACGACUAUGUCUCUGCUGCACUCGAACUCAUCCACCUACAUCAUGACCGCUGACCGUGAUGAGCACGUGAGAAUAUCCAGAUAUCCUAAGGCGCAUGUAACGGAGAGAUUUUUGCUUGGACACACUGAGUUCGUCGGCUCCGUGGCUCAGCUUGACGAGGAUGUUGUAUUGACAGCCGGUGGAGACUCGUGGGUUGGUGUCUGGAACUGGAAGACGGGCAAGUUACUGCACAAGUUGGAU